UCCGACAUGUCUACUGAGGAGAUCCAGUCCAGUGGAAGCAGAAAAGAAAAAAGCUCAGAGUUUCACAUGUCCUCCUCCAGCAGCUCUUAUUCCAUCAGUUCCAUGCAUCUACGCAAGGUCAAUCAAGCCUCCAAAGUGAUCGAGGAGCAGUCAGCAGUGCAGCGUAAGACCUCAGCUGUGAUGGAGUCAUUCAAUCAGGUUCAGAAGAGCUCUGAAAUUCCUCCAGGAGAGAGUAUUCCUGAGUUUGAGGAGAAACCUCGCCCUAUUACAGCUCAGGAAGGGGCUAAUGCUGUUUUCAGAGCAAAAGUGUCUGGCAACCCAGCUCCUUAUGUGACCUGGGCCAGAGAAAGCGGCAUGGAACUGACCAAGGGUGCCAAGACUUUCUAUGAUGACAUCGGUAUGCAUCAUGUAUUAAAGAUUAAAGACCUAACUCUGGAGGAUGCUGAUGUGUACAAGUGCAUCGCAUCUAACCACCAUGGGGAUGCUAUUUCCUCCAUCUCACUUACUGUUACUGAGAAUCCUGCACUGGACUUUAAGAAAACGCUGAAGAAACGGAGUGUAGAGAAGAGAAAGAAGAAGCCUCCAACUGAAGAAGAGAUGCUGAAGAUUCUGUCUGGAGCUGAUAAGAGGGACUACGAGCGCAUCUGCGCGGAAUACGGCUUCACUGACUUCAGAGGCAUCCUCAAAAAACUCAAGGAGAUGAAGAAAAACGUGGAUGUGGAAAUGGUUAAAGUAUUGAAGCCGUUAGAAGACGUGACUGCGAAGAUUGGCUCCAGUGUUACAUUUGACACAAUUUUGGAGUUGAAAGAUCCAAAUAUGAAGAUGUUAUGGUUUCAGGACAACGAGUUGCUGCGGAUCAGGUACUCUCUUGGGAAGUAUGAAGUUAAACAGCUGGGUACUAAACACCUGCUGUGCAUCACCAGUGUUUGUAUGGCCGACUCUGGCACGUACACUUUAAAAGUUGGAGAAAAGAUCUUGUCUGCUAAGCUCACUGUCACAGAUGAGCCAUUGAAGUUUCUAUCAGAUCUGAAGCCGCUGCAGGUGAUGGAGAGACAGACUGCUGUGUUGGAGUUGCGGCUCUCUAAGAAGUCUGACAGCCCUCUGGUAUGGCAGUUUAAAGGGAAAGAGCUCAAGCGAGAUGAGAAGUUUGAUGUCUGUGUGUCUGAUGAUGGCCUCACAUACACUUUAAAAAUCAAGGAUGUGCGACCCAGUGAUACUGGAGACUAUACCAUCAGUAUCGGUGAUUUGACCACUACAGCCUCUCUGUUUAUUGAACGAAUUCCUAUUAAGUUUGCGAGCCAUCUAAAGAAUGUACGUGUAAAGGAAAAGGGAAAAGCCAGGCUGGAGACUGAGAUGAGCUCCAAGGACGUUCACGUGAGGUGGUUAAAGGAUGGAAUAGACAUCACUUACAACCGACGAUAUAUCUUCAUGAGGGAAGGGAAAAGAGCUGAGCUUAUCCUCGAAGACUGCGAGCUGUCAGACAGUGGAGAUUACACCAUAGUGUGCACACAGGAUAAUGAUACCCAUGAGUAUGUCAGCUCCUCAAACCUCAAGGUGGAAGAGAGAUUUGCCAUUUUGAAAAGUGGAAUGUCAGAUGUCCAGUGUCCCACAGGCUCAGCUGCAGAACUUUGUGUUGUUUUGGACGAUGAGAAAGUAGAUGGUGUCUGGUUUAAAGAUGGUAAAGAGGUUACAGAACUAAGUGGGCUGCAGGUGAUAAAGCAGGGGGCAGUUCAUAAGCUGGUGUUCAGUAACAUACGGGAUGAACAUGAGGGCAAAUACACUUUCAGAGCCAAAGGAGCAGAGAGUGAGGCAAUUCUCCGUAUAGCAGAUCCUCCUGUUAUUGAUCCCACCCUGCUGGAAAUGCUAUCUAGCCAGCUGGUGACAGUGAAAGCUGGUGAGUCAGCCAUUGUCAGGAUCCCUUUCAAGGGCAAACCUACCCCAAAGGUGACAUGGUAUAAGGAUGGGUUGGAGCUGGUGGAUGACAGCCGGACGGUGGUCGAACGCAGCGGAGACUCCAGCACUCUGAUACUCAGUAAAUGUGUUAGAGAAGAUAGUGGCAGUGUAAUGGUUAAACUUAAAAGUGACUGCGGCUCAGCUACUGCCACCGUUCAGCUCAGUGUAAUUGACCGUCCUAAACCCCCUCAGGGUAAAGUGGAUUUUACAGAGUGUAGCAGCAAGUGCAUAACCAUGAAGUGGAAAGCACCACGAGAUAAUGGAGGGCAGAAGGUGACCAGCUAUGUUAUAGAGAGGCGCAUGGCUGGAAAAAAGGCCUGGAUCAAGGUGGGAGAGGUGGACGGAGACACCACCACCUUCUGUAAUGACAAGGUUGAGGAGGGGAAGUCAUAUGAAUACCGGAUCAGAGCACUCAACCCUCAGGGUUUGAGUGACCCUUUAGAAACUGAGCAGGUCUAUGCCGGAGAGCCUAUUGAGCCUCCCGGUAUAGCUCCUCAACCCCAGAUAACUGAUGUGACUAAAGACGCAGUCAUGGUGACGUGGGUUACUCCAGUGCAAAACGGCGGUGCUCCUGUUCUGGGUUACAUAGUAGAGAGGAGAAAAAAAGGAAGCAGCAUGUGGGUGUCUGUCUUUAAGGAAUUAAUCCACGACACAAAGUGUGCUGUAGGUGGUUUAGUAGAAGAUAUGGACUAUGAGUUCAGAGUAACUGCUGUUAACAGAGCUGGAGAAGGAAUUCCCAGCGCAGCUUCAAACCCAGUACUGGCAAAAGACCCUAUAUGUGCCCCUGGCCUUGUUAGAAACCUUCACGUAACAGACUCCUCCACCACCUCAAUCUCACUGGCUUGGUGUCCCCCCAAGGCAGGAGAUGAUCCCUCUGGCUACAUCCUUGAAGUUCGUUCUGAACAUGCAAAGGAAUGGACAAAGUGCACCAAAAUUCCCAUCACCGGCAACUCCUACAGUGUUGGCUGCCUGCAAGAGAAGAUGAAGUACUUCUUCCGUAUCAGAGCUGUUAAUAAGGGUGGCAUUGGAAAACUUGUAGAACUUGAACAAGGAGUUCUGGCUAUGCCACCUCCAGAAGUCCCAAAGUUUGAUCUCCAGGCCAAGAUUAAGAAUCAGGUGGUGGUGCGUGCUGGAUGUGCAUUGUGUAUUCCUGUUUCCUUUACUGGUUCUCCAUGUCCAGAAGUUACCUGGCUUAAAGAUGGCAUCGUGACUAAUGGUCGAGAGGUCAUUACAAAGGGAAAAAACUUUUCUCAGUUCCUGAUAAGCACUUGCCAGCGUUCUGACACUGGAACCUACCGCAUCAACCUCCGCAAUGACUGUGGGGAAGUGCACUAUGACAUCACUGUCCAUGUCAUUGAUGUUCCUCGUCCUCCUAAGAACAUGCGUCUGGUGGAGGAGGUCCAGGGCACUGUGACACUGCAGUGGGAUCACAGCCCUGACCUGGCUGAUGAAGAACGCACCCAUUACGUCAUCCUCAAGAGAGACACUAGCACUCCUACCUGGUUCACAGCUGCUGAGCGCAUCUUCAGCAGCAAAUACACAGUCACUGGUCUCUUUCCAGGUCGAAAGUACUACUUCCGGGUCGUUGCUCAAAAUCCCAUCGGUGAAAGUGACCCUCUGGACACAAAAGAGCCUUUUACAAUUGAGAAAGCGCAUGAACACUUCACUUUGCAUAUGAAGACAUUCCCACAUACACAGCAUGAGGUCAAGCCUGCAUUCAUUCUGCCACUGAAGGAUCAUUCUGUGCACCGUGGAAAUGACUGUACCAUGAGCUGCGCCUUCCUCGGCUCACCCAUGCCACAUGUCUCCUGGUACAAGGGAGAUGUGGCUAUCUCAGACAGUCCUCGUUACUGGCAGAGUAGCUCUGAUGGGGUCUGCACCCUCACUAUCCCCAUCUGUGCGGCUCAAGACAGUGGGGAGUACAUCCUGGUUGUGGAGAAUAAGCUGGGGAAGGCUGAAUGCAAGUGCAAGCUGAUUGUCUUUGAUAAAAAUGAUAAUAGAUUGCUGGAAUGCCUGCCUCAGAAUUCUGGAAAAGAAAAACACAUUACAUAAGCAGGACAGAAAUCCAGUGAACUUAUCUGCAAAUCUCAAAGGUUUCAAAAGGCAUCACUAAUUAUCAAAUCACAAUGAGGUUCAUCUAUAAAGCAUUUUAGCAGAAAUUUUAAUUAGCAGACAAAAUGAGUGCAAAAUG